GUAUUUCAAAAAAGUUUCUAAGAGUCAACUUAGAAACUCUUCUAUUGGUUAAGUAACCAUGAUAGCCUGCUAACUAUAUUUAAAAGUAACAGAAAAAAAUUAAAUUCCUGUUGAGAAUUUAAAUAAAAACCUGAAGUCCAUUUCUGAGAUCGGGUGAAAGUGUGUGGACUUUAAAUAUAAUUUUCCCGGCAAAAGGUUCUGUGCGCCGAUAACGAGUUAAUGCAAAUAUAUGAAACCCGUAACCGUGUGGCCGGAUUCCUCCGUUCUGGUGGCCCUCUGUCGUUCUAAAAUUAGCGAUUCCUAUUUAUUCUUUCCAAUUUUCUGGAUUCUUCUGAGUUUCUGCACGAUGGGAUUUGCAUAAGAAUCGAGUGGUGCGAGAAAUUGGCACGAAUUUUAUUUGAUAAUUGCUGUGCUCGUUCGAGGUGUUAUGGUUGUGAUCUUCUUCCUAUUGGCGAUUCCUCUUCUUAUUCUGGUUCAGUCUUUCUGGUUUGCGCGGAAGCGUAAGGGAAUGCCUGAAGACAGCGGCAACGGUGUUCGCAGCAGCGCCGUUGCCAAUGGAGGGGGGACGACCGUCUGGAGACCGUCCGCGUCGGCGGCACCCGAUCACCUCGUUGUCAUGGUUAAUGGCAUCCUUGGAAGUGUAACUGACUGGAAGUUUGGUGCUGAACAAUUUGCUCGGAUGCUUCCAGAUAAAGUGGUUGUUCAUUGUAGUGAAAGAAAUGUCUCCACGUUGACAUUAGAUGGUAUUGAUGUGAUGGGGGAGCGUUUGGCAGAAGAGGUGGAAGAAGUUAUUACACAAAUGCCUGGUGUUCGCAAGAUCUCAUUUGUUGCACACUCUUUGGGAGGGCUAGUUGCUAGGUAUGCUAUUGGCAGACUAUACCGCCCCCCUUCUUCAGAGAAAGGCUCUCACGAAGGGACAAUCUGCGGUCUGGAAGCAAUGAAUUUCAUUACAGUUGCAACACCUCAUCUUGGUUCAAGGGGUUACAAACAGGUUCCCUUUCUUUUUGGUGUUGCUGUGUUUGAAAGAGCUGCUUGUCAGAUGAGUCACUGGAUCUUUGGGAGAACUGGCAGGCAUCUUUUUCUUACUGAUUGUGAAGGGGAACCACCUCUACUUCAACGCAUGGUGGCAGAUUGUGGCGACCUACAUUUCAUGUCAGCACUACGGGCAUUUAGACGAAGAGUAGCAUAUGCUAAUGUUAACUAUGACCAUAUUGUUGGCUGGAGAACUGCAUCGAUUCGGUGUAAUCAUGAAUUGCCGAAGGAGCACUGGGAGGAUUCACUAAAUGAGAAGUAUCCACAUAUUGUGCAUGAAGAGGUUGUCGGGGGAUGCACAGAACGAUAUGAACCAUCGUCAUGCAUAAAUGAUGAAUUUGAUAUGCUGGAAGAUCGGUUAGCAUAUGGGCUUUUACGUGUUCCCUGGGAACGAGUUGAUGUAAGUUUCCAUACUAGCAAGUGGAGGUUCGUUGCCCACAGUCUGAUUCAGGUUAAGAUUCCGUCUGUGCAUUCAGAAGGUGUUGAUUGCAUUAUGCACAUUAUUGAUAAUUUCAUUUGCUAGAACACAUAUCAUGGAAGCCAUACCUUCUAAAAGGAAUUUUGAGUCAAAGUACAAGUGACAAGCAAGGAAGUUCCAAUAAAGUGAAUGGAGAGCUAAGAUCAUCUGCAUACUCUAAUAUAUUACUAAUGAAAAGGCGAUCAAGGAGACAAAUUGGGUUCUCUUUGUUUGGCUGGUAGUUUAUGUCAAUGUAAACACCGAAAUUGCCGUUUUAGAGGAAGUGCUAGUGUGACUUGCACUAAUAAUUGCUCCAAAGUAUGUAAAAUUAAAAAUAAACCAUCAAGUAUUUCCUGUA